AUGAAUCAAGACAAUGCACCGUGUCACGAAAACGAGGGCAAAAUUCCAUCAAUUGGGCUUCGGAGGGCUUCCGCAGCCACCGUAGUUCCAGACUUUGCGCCCAGCGAUUUUUUCCUGUUCUCAGACAUGAAGAGAAUGCUCGCUGAAUUUUACGCUGAUGAAAACUGUAUGAAUAUUAUUUCUAGGUUAGCCUACGACCUUUUCAGCCCACCAGAUAAGAAGGAUUAG